AUGGCUGCGAUGGCGCCCGCUCUCACUGACGCAGCAGCUGAAGCACACCAUAUCCGGUUCAAACUGGCUCCCCCAUCCUCCACUUUGUCCCCUGGCAGUGCCGAAAAUAACGGCAACGCCAACAUCCUUAUUGCUGCCAGCGGAACCAAAAGAAAAGCCAUUGCUGCAGAGGACCCCAGUCUAGACUUCCGAAAUAAUCCUAACAAGGAAGACUUGGGAAAGCUGCAACCACUGGUGGCAUCUUAUCUUUGCUCCGAUGUAACAUCUGUUCCCUCAAAGGAAUCGUUGAAAUUGCAAGGUGUCUUCAGCAAGCAGACAGUACUUAAAUCUCAUCCUCUCUUAUCUCAGUCCUAUGAACUCCGAGCUGAGCUGUUGGGGAGACAGCCAGUUUUGGAGUUUUCCUUAGAAAAUCUUAGAACCAUGAAUACAAGUGGUCAGACAGCUCUGCCACAAGCGCCUGUAAAUGGGUUGGCGAAGAAAUUGACUAAAAGUUCAACACAUUCUGAUCACGACAAUUCCAGUCCCCUUAAUGGGGGAAAACGAGCUCUCACGUCAUCUUCUCUUCAGGGGGGUGAAGUGGUGACAUCUGAAUCUGGGGACUUGAAAGGGGGUAUGACCAAUUGCACUCUUCCACAUAGAAGCCUUGAUGUAGAACACACAACGAUAUUUAGCAAUAAUAGCACUGCAAACAAAUCUUCUGUAAAUUCCAUGGAACAGCCGCCGGCACUUCAAGGAAGCAGUAGGUUAUCACCUGACACAGACUCCAGUUCUAACUUGGGGGGUGUCAAAUUAGAGGGUAAAAAGUCUCCCCUGUCUUCCAUUCUUUUCAGUGCUUUAGAUUCCGACACAAGGAUAACAGCUUUACUACGGCGGCAGGCUGAUAUUGAGAGCCGUGCCCGCAGGUUACAGAAGCGCUUACAGGUUGUGCAAGCCAAGCAGGUGGAGAGGCAUAUACAGCAUCAGCUGGGUGGAUUUUUAGAGAAAACUUUGAGCAAACUGCCAAACUUGGAAUCCUUGAGGCCCCGGAGCCAGUUGAUGCUAACUCGAAAGGCUGAAGCUGCAUUGAGAAAAGCUGCCAGUGAGACCGCCACUUCAGAGGGACUUAGCAACUUCCUGAAAAGUGAUUCGAUAUCAGAAGAAUUGGACAGAUUUACAGCCAGUGGUAUAGCCAACUUGAGGUGCAGUGAACAAGCAUUUGAUUCAGACGUCACUGACAGUAGUUCAGGGGGAGAGUCUGAUAUUGAAGAGGAAGAACUGACCAGAGCUGAUCCUGAGCAGCGCCACUUACCCCUGAGGCGCAGGUCAGAAUGGAGAUGGGCUGCAGACCGAGCAGCUAUUGUCAGCCGCUGGAACUGGCUUCAGGCUCAUGUUUCUGACUUGGAAUAUCGAAUUCGGCAGCAAACAGAUAUUUACAAACAGAUACGUGCUAAUAAGGGGUUGAUAGUUCUUGGAGAGGCACCUCCCCCAGAGCACACAACAGACUUAUUUCUUCCACUUAGUUCUGAGGUGAAGACAGAUCAUGGGAAUGAUAAAUUGAUUGAGUCUGUUUCUCAACCACUGGAAAACCAUGGUGCCUCUGGUCAUCCUUCAGAGUCAUUGUCUACUAAAUCAUGUGGAGCAUUGAGACCUGUCAAUGGAGUUAUUAAUACUCUUCAGCCUGUCUUGGCAGACCACAUUCCAGGUGACAACUCUGAUGCUGAGGAACAACUGCAUAAAAAGCAAAGACUGAAUCUAGUUUCUUCAUCAACUGAUGGCACCUGUGUGGCAGCUCGAACACGUCCUGUGCUGAGCUGUAAGAAACGGAGGCUUGUUCGACCCAACAGCAUCGUGCCUCUUUCCAAGAAGGUUCACCGGAACAGCACAGUGCGCUCUGGCUGUGAUGUGAAUCCCUCCUGUGCACUGUGCGGCUCAGGCAGUGCCAGCACCACGCCUCCAGAAAUCCACUAUGAAGCCCCUCUGUUGGAACGCCUUUCCCAGUUGGAUUCUUGUGUUCACCCGGUUCUAGCAUUUCCAGAUGAUGUUCCCACAAGCCUGCACUUCCAGAGCAUGCUGAAAUCUCAAUGGCAGAACAAACCUUUUGACAAAAUCAAACCUCCAAAAAAGUUUUCACUUAAGCACAGAGCACCCAUGCCAGGCAGUCUCCCUGAUCCAACUCGUAAAGACAGGCACAAGUUGGUCAACUCCUUCCUGACAACAGCCAAGCUGUCCCAUCACCAAACCCGGCCUGACAGGACCCACAGGCAGCACUUAGACGAUGUGGGGGCCGUGCCUAUGGUGGAGCGAGUGACAGCGCCCAAAGCAGAGCGCUCGCUCAACCCGCCGCCACCCGUGCAUGACCCAAACCACAGCAAAAUGAGAUUGCGAGACCAUUCAUCCGAGAGAAGUGAAGGAAGGCAGAGUAGAGGGGCCCUCCUGCUUCUAAGUCAGCCAGUAAGGAGGAGAAGGGGAGAGAGCUCCUUCGAUAUUAACAACAUUGUCAUCCCAAUGUCAGUCGCUGCAACCACCCGUGUAGAGAAGCUGCAGUACAAGGAGAUCCUUACUCCCAGCUGGCGGGAGGUUGAUCUUCGGUCUCUGAAGGGGAGUCCUGACGAGGAGAAUGAGGAGAUAGAGGACCUGUCUGACGCAGCCUUCGCCGCCCUGCAUGCCAAAUGUGAGGAGAUGGAGAGGGCUCGGUGGCUGUGGACCACGAGUGUGCCACCUCAGCGGCGGGGCAGCAGGUCUUACAGGUCAUCAGACGGCCGGACAACGCCCCAACUGGGCAGUGCCAACCCCUCCACCCCUCAACCCGCCUCCCCUGAUGUCAGCAGUAGCCACUCUUUGUCCGAGUUCUCCCACGGGCAGUCCCCCAGGAGCCCCAUUAGCCCAGAACUGCACUCGGCCCCCCUCACUCCCGUGGCGCGGGACACUCUCCGACACCUGGCCAGUGAAGACACCCGUUGUUCCACACCAGAGCUGGGGCUUGACGAGCAGUCUGUCCAGCCAUGGGAGCGGCGAACCUUCCCCCUGGCGUAUAGUCCCCAGGCAGAGAGUGAAGACCAACUGGAUGCACAGGAACGGGCGUCCCGCUGCACUCGGCGCACCUCAGGCAGCAAGACUGGCCGGGAGACAGAGGUGGCACCCACCUCGCCUCCCAUCAUUCCCCUCAAGAGUCGGCAUCUGGCGGCAACAGUCACAGCUCAGCGUCCAACUCACAGAUGA